AUGUCGAAAAAGCAAGAUAAUCUGAGUCAAGAGGAGAUAUGGGACGACUCCGCCCUGAUAGACUCAUGGAAUGAAGCCCUGAAUGAGUACAAAACUCCCGUUAGAAAUACCACAGCAUUCACGCAAAAGGCGGAAGUUUACGUGAUUUGGAAUCUCAAACACAGCAAGGCAGAGUCUGAUUCUGAACAACCCCAAGCAAAAGAAACAGAUGAUACUGAGUUGAACUUAAAGGCAGCAGAGGAAAAUAAGGAAACCCCUUCAUCGCACAACGAAGCUAAGGGACCUGCUGUGCCUCCAGGUCUCCCUUCUUUCCCCAUCCAGACUGUCCUAGGUUCUGUUCAAGAUGAAAAUCUCAAGAAGCUCCUUAUGUCAUGGUACUAUGCUGGUUACUACACAGGGUUGUACGAAGGCGGCCAGCAACAAACUCAACAGAACCAUGGCUCUUAA